AUGCCUCCAAAGGCCCCUCGUAUGCAAUACCAGCGAGGUGAGAAGGUCAUGCAGGUUGAUGAUCCUGGCAAUCAUGCUUUUAAAGCUCAACCCGUCAAGAACGGCAGAAAGAGAACAGUGAAGAACAAUCCAAUCGAGAUUGAUUCCGAUGAUGAGCAAUCCCAACCAUCCAAAAAACCUCGUCCAAACCCUCGCGCCUCAAAAUCAACCAUUUCUAAUGCCAAGCAAGGAAAAGAUGUGGUUGAAUACAUAUCAGAGUCAGAAGACAGUUCCCACCCAGAAGUCGUUCCUUGUGCAAAUUUGCCACUAAGAAAGCUUUUCAAGCCAUUCGCAGACCACGAUGCGGACAUUUACAUCGUACUCAUUCAAAAGAGUCCUGAAUAUUCAUUCAGGAUGCACUCGUAUAUACUGAGACGCGCCUCUCCUUGGUUCGCUGGGCAGUUGCAGGAAAACUUGGUCAAUGAGGUGGAUGAGAAGUUAGCAGCUACGAUUACCCAAGAUACUGGAAUCAAAUAUAGAUUUGAACUUAGGUUUGAUGAUCAUCUUGGGUAUCACACGUUGAAGCGGGUGGGACUCACAAUGUACAAGCAACAACCUCAAGCUAUCAUCAAUAGAGAUAUUCCCGAUCCCAGCAAUCGCUACAACGGCUGCUAUAAUGUCUCUAACUAUGGUUCAUCUAACUCUCGUCAAUCGUCGGUAUUCUUGCCACAAUUCGAUGGUUCGUGUGACGAUAUUGAAAUGGCAGAAACAAUGAGUAAUCCUCGUGUAUCUCCUGAUUUUGAUAUAUCCGUCUUCCUUUCGUCUCCAGGUGCCCUUCAAUCUACUCAAGGAUCAAUCAGUGGAUCUCAAGGAAAUGAGAAUGGCAUCAAGUUACAACCAGAUACCAUUGUUCAAUCGAAUAGUGCCGAACCUGAUCUACCAGCCCAGAACAAUGUGACGAAGCAAGUUGCAACACCACCUACGAGUCCCACCAAGGUGGUAACUGAAACCGAGACAGACCAGACAGUGAUUCAGAGUCCACAGAUCGACGCAAGCCCCCAGACUGACCUUGCAGAUCGAAUCAUUCCAACAGUUGAUACGGCUAUGAAAGCAGAGAUUGAAUCCGAGGAACAGAUACUCUCGCCAAGUCUUCCAGAACACAAGUCGCCAGAAAGACAACUUGAAGUUCUUUCGAAUGUGGAAGAAAAGGUUGAUGAGCAAUUAAGCAUCGAAUUACAGAAAAAUGAAGUGCCACCAGGGCGCCAAAUCUCACCCGAAGAACAACUUCAGGUUGCUAUCUCCAUGGAAAAUCCAAUGGGACCUGAGAUAAAAAUCGAGGAAGCACAGCAAGCUACAAUUUCGCUUUCGAAGCAGCAAUCCAAGAUUGGCCCAAUUGUCAAAGAACCGUCUAGCAAUUAUGUUGUUGAACAGACAGACAUUCCCACCGCAGAAAAGCCAAUCAACAAUGUAACGUUCCAAAAGCUAGCCCCUCUGAAAGUUGAGCAAAAAAUCCUCGAUGCUUAUCGUUCCCUUUUCCUGUGUUACUUUGGUUGUGCCCCCACGAUUUCUACAACAAAUGCUGCAAUUGCCGCAUCACAGUCCAUGUUGCUGAUCAAAAUCGCCAAUCUCUAUGGCUCAGCGAAAGUUGUUAGACCUUACAUAGUUGCAUCUCUCCUUUCCCUAGGACGUAGCCUAUACGCAUCCAUUCGUCGCAACCCUCCUUAUUUCCUGCUUUUGGCAUACAAGCUCCAAUGCUCUCCUAUCUUCAAGGAAGCCCUCAUCCAUAUCGUAGGACAAUACCCCUCCUGGCCAUGGCUCACUAAGGAGGAUCGGAUGGGCCACGAUCUUGGCAGGGUCAUUCGAAAGAAAUUCGAAGAUCUCCAAGACAUGAGAUUCGAAGCCAAUGGCCCACUCUUUCAGAGCUGUAUCGUCAAAGAAAAAGUAAGAGUCAGCAUCAAUAAUUUGGACCGGUCGACCUUUGAUGUUUGGGUUAUUGUUCAAAUCUGGCACGAUUGGUUCUCUCAACAAUUACGCCAUUGCACAUUAGUUCAACGCCACGAGCACCGAAAUGUGGAAAAGAACAUGUAUAAGCUAAUUGCUCAAGGCGGUGAUGCGUAUCUCAAGAUCGACGAUGUUAUGGCAAUGAUUGAACCAUUCAGAGCCGGCUCAGAAGCCAGAGAGUGGGGACAUUGGGAGAAGGACCAGGUUGAGCUGCAGUUGAAUAUUUUAAAGGAGAAUGCCGCGAAGAGGGUCGGGGAUUUGAUGGUAAACGAGUUAAUGGGUGAUACCGGCGGAAAUGCUGGUGAAAUCGAAUAUCUCACUUGCACCAAAGUCCAUGAGCAUGAGUUGCCCUGGACUGAAGCACAAAUGGUUAUCAUUGAGGAUUAG